GGCUGCUGCAGAGCGGCCAGGAGGAGGGUGGAUCUCCGGAGAGCGGAGCGCCCCGAGUCCUCCUCCUCCUCCUGCCGCCCAGGCUCCGCCGCCGCCCGUCGGACUCGUCCUUCUGCCGCUCGCGGCGGGGAGCCUCCCAGACGACAAGGGCCAAGCUCUCUCCGGCCGAAGCCAGCUCAGCCGCGGCUUCCGGAGCCCGCGGGGCGGCGGACCGGCUUGCAGUGCAGAUUCUUCUUACUCCUUUGCUGCAAACUCUGUGACAUAAGAUGGCUGCAAACAAGCCCAAGGGUCAGAAUUCUUUGGCCCUACACAAAGUCAUCAUGGUGGGCAGUGGUGGUGUGGGCAAGUCCGCUUUGACCCUACAGUUCAUGUAUGAUGAGUUUGUGGAGGACUAUGAGCCCACCAAAGCAGACAGCUACCGGAAGAAGGUAGUGCUGGAUGGGGAGGAAGUGCAGAUCGAUAUCUUGGAUACAGCUGGCCAGGAGGACUAUGCCGCAAUUAGAGACAACUACUUCCGGAGCGGAGAGGGUUUCCUCUGUGUCUUCUCUAUCACAGAAAUGGAAUCCUUUGCAGCCACGGCCGACUUCAGGGAGCAGAUUUUAAGAGUAAAAGAAGAUGAGAACGUUCCAUUUCUGCUGGUUGGUAACAAAUCAGAUUUAGAAGAUAAAAGGCAGGUUUCUGUAGAAGAGGCAAAAACCAGAGCCGACCAGUGGAACGUUAACUAUGUGGAAACAUCUGCUAAAACUCGAGCUAAUGUUGACAAGGUAUUUUUUGAUCUGAUGAGGGAAAUUCGAGCCAGAAAGAUGGAAGACAGCAAAGAAAAGAAUGGAAAAAAGAAGAGGAAAAGUUUAGCCAAGAGAAUCAGAGAAAGAUGCUGCAUUUUAUAAUCAAAGCCCAAACUCCUUUCUUAUCUUGACCAUACUAAUAAAUAUAAUUUAUAAGCAUUGCCA